AUGUCUCAAAGGCAUUCAGACGGCUCGCUAGAUGAGAAGUCCAAGCUGCUGGAAUAUCGUUUACACUCUGAGCUGCGCCUCGAUGAGGACGGCAACCCCAUCUCUGGGCUUCCCGGAUCCCGGAGCUCCCUGCACUCAAUGGAGAACGCUUCCUUCCAGGUGGAGCACCCGCCAGGCAAGCCCCACCCCAUCAUCCUGAGCACCGAGAGCCCUGCCGCUCUCAAGGUGGGCACCCAGCAGCUGAUCCCCAAGGGCCUGGCCGUGUCCAGCAAGGCAAAGACACCCACCCGCCACCAGAGCUUCGCGCUGUCCAUGCUGGGCAAGGACCAGGCCCGGACGGACAUCAAGAGGCUGUCUGUUCCCAGCUUCUCCUGGGAUGACCUAGAUGUGGAUGUGACCUCAGGAGGGAUGCUGAAGCGGAACCUCCGGAACCAGUCCUACCGCGCGGCCAUGAAGGGGUUCCGGAGCCCCGCCGAGGCCAAGCCUGUGGCCACCCUCAAACCUCUCGCUGAGGAAUGUCCCCAGGGGCGAGCGCGGAGCCCAGCCAGGAACAAGAGAACUCUUGGGAGGAAGCGUGCACACAAGGGCUCUUUCAAGGAUGAUCCUAGGUUCUACCAGGAAAUCCGUGAGAGGGGCCUGAACACCAGCCACGACUCAGACGAUGAUCCGCUGGAGGACUGCUCGAGCCCAGAGAGACGCCGGAAAGCAGACACGAUCGUGGUGAAGAGUUACCGGCCUGCCCAGGUCACCUGGAGCCAGCUCCCUGAGGUUGUGGAAUCUGGGAUACUGGAUCAGCUGUCCCCCGAGGAGCGAAAGCGGCAAGAGGCGAUUUUUGAGAUCAUCACUUCAGAGUUCUCCUACCUGCACAGCCUGGGGAUCCUUGUGUCUGAGUUCCUGAAUUCCAAGGACCUGAGGGGCACCAUGACCCAGAUGGAGCAUCACCACCUCUUCUCCAACAUCGCGGAUGUCCAGGGGGCCAGCAGGAAGUUUUUUGAAGACCUGGAGAAGAGACAUAAAGAGCAGGUUUGUGUCAGCGACAUUAGUGAUAUCCUAGAAGAACACGCCCUGAAGCACUUCCACCCCUAUGUGGUGUACUGCUCCAACGAGGUCUACCAGCAGAGGACCCUACAGAAGCUGAUGAACUCCAACUCAGCUUUCCGAGAUGUCCUGAGGGAGAUCGAAAAGAAACCAGCCUGCGGAGGCCUGCCUAUGAUCUCCUUCCUCAUCCUCCCCAUGCAGAGAGUGACCCGGCUCCCUCUUCUGAUGGAUACUCUCUGCCUGAAGACCCAGGCUCACCCAGAACGAUGUAAAGUUGCCAACCGGGCUCUGAAGGCCAUCAGCAAGCUGGUGAAGCAGUGUAAUGAGGGGGCUCACAAGAUGGAGAGGACGGAACAGAUGUACAACCUGCAAACCCAACUGGACUUCAGCAAAAUCAAGGCCUUUCCUCUGAUCUCCGCCUCCAGGUGGCUGCUGAAGAGAGGGGAGCUCUGCUUGGUGGAAGAGCCCAGCCUCUUCCGGAAAAUCUCCAGCCGGCCAACGUGCUACCUUUUCCUGUUUAAUGACGCCCUGAUGGUCACCAAGAAGAAGAGUGAGGAACACUACGUGGUGAUGGAUUACGCCAAGAUGGACCAGAUUCAAGUCAAGAAGGUCGAGCCUGAUGAAAUCUCAUUGCCAGGAGGGAGCAACCGCAGCUCGUCCAUCCCUUACCCCUUCCAGGUGACCAUGCUGAAGAACAGCGAAGGGAAGCAGGAGCAGAUCCUGUUGUCUUCAGACUCUUCGAGUGACCGGGCCCGGUGGAUCACCGCCUUGGAGCAUAAGGAGAACCAGGAGCAAGAACUAGCCAGUAAAGGAGACCUGCACCAGGUGGAGAUCACCAAGGCCUACUUUGCCAAACAGGCUGAUGAGAUCACCCUCCAGCAGGCGGAUGUGGUCCUGAUCCAGCAGCAAGAGGACGGCUGGUUUUAUGGAGAGCGUCUGCGUGAUGGGGAGAUUGGCUGGUUCCCUGAGGACUAUGCCCAAGCCAUCACCAGCAGAGUGGCUGUGGAGGGCAACGUGCGCAGGCUGGAACGACUUAGGGUGGAGACAGACGUGUAGGCGACUCAUCAGAGCCUUCCCAGGCUUUCCAAGUUUCUUGUCUGGGUGCAGGGGUAUCACAACAGACCCUGGGCUCCCCAUCAGUUUGCAGAAGGUACCUGUGAGCCUGCCAAGCCUUUCCAGGGAAUCUUUGGGGUUCCGGUCAGGCCUCUCUUCACCAGGAAUAGGAAGGAGGGUGCCCCUUCCCAUUACCCUUUUCCCUGGGCCAAUCUUUGUUCCAAUUUUGGGAAGCCUGGGCAUGUCUACUCCUGAUUUUGCCCCCCUUCUGUUGAUUUUUCCCCUUCUCUGAGCUCCAGGGUGCCCCAAAUUAACUUGAGGUGAGGCCACUUUGGGUGGGCCAAAAGGUGCCCCAGUAGGUACAUCCCAUAACAACGCACCUGUCUUCUUAUCCAGUACCACCUGUCACACAUUCCAACCCUGGCUUUACCAAGAAAAUGCUUAAUCCCUUAAACCAGGGCUUUUGCAUUUGAGUAGAAGACAGGGAGGGGGCCUGCUUAAUCUGAGGAAAUGAUGGGAAGGGGAGGUAGCUCCAGGUCAGAAGGACCUGGGAUCUUAGGCCCUCUCUGCCCUCCUCCUCUCAGCUGUCACCCGAACCCCUGUUUUCAUUGGCCCAGCAAUGAUCUGCCUUUGUCCCUCCUUCCCUUGGCCUCAGGGUCCUGCUAAGUGGGUGCGGGAGCACAGAAGGACUUACAAGCCCCCAAGGCUGACCCUGAGGCUGAGGGACUAGGGGAGGAGCACUGGACUGUACAUUGUUGUAUAUUCUGUUUUUCUGAGAAAUGUAAAAGUCAUUAAAAUUAUUUCAUUA